UUUUCUUGGAUUUUUUUUCUUUUUCUUUUUUCUCAAGUCAUGGGAUCCACAGAGAGAUCAUCAAGAAAGAAGGUGCAAAUAUGGAAGAAGGCCGUAUUUCAUUUCCUUCUGUGUUUUGUGAUGGGUUUUUUCACCGGCUUUGCCCCCAUCAGCAAGACCUCGGUUUUCUCGAGCCACGUCACCAUGUCACUCUCGUCGAGCUACUCGCCCGAACCAGUCGAGCUUUUGCUUCAUCAACCAGAAAUAACGCAGCAGAACGCCAACAGAAGCCUGAUGGACGAACCGGAAUCUGAAAAAGACAAGGACAAAAAAGCCCCCGAAGAAAAAAUCGAAAUCGAGGAAUUUAAAGACUCGAAAAGGCUCUUAAUCGUAGUCACCCCAACUAGCUCGAAAAACAAGCUAAGAGUCUUGCUGCUGAGUAGGCUCGCAAACACGCUUCGCCUGGUGACUCAGCCGUUGCUGUGGAUUGUGGUCGAAAAGCAAUCGGAUGAUUCUAAAGUUUCGGAGAUGUUAAGGAAAACAGGGAUUAUGUACAGACACGUCGUUUUUAAGGAGAAUUUUACUGAUCUGAGUUCUGAAAUGGAUCAUCAGAGGAACAUUGCACUGAACCACAUCGAACAUCACAGGCUGAGUGGGAUAGUGCAUUUCGCGGGGCUUUCGAACAUUUAUGAUCUCGGUUUCUUCGAGGAGAUCAGAGCAAUUGAAAAGCUGAAGGGAAUUUUUUUCAGGGCAUUUGGGGCUUGGCCUAUUGCUAGACUUUCUGCAAACAGGAAGAGGGUGAUAAUUGAGGGACCGGUUUGUGAUUCCUCGGAAGUUAUAGGGUGGCAUUUGAGAAAGAUGAAUAAUUCAACAGAUGCCAGUAUUACUACUACUACUAUGCCUCUUCAUAUCUCGAGCUUUGCAUUUAAUAGCUCGAUUCUUUGGGAUCCAGAGAGAUGGGGUCGAACUUCCUCUGUUCAAGAUACCUCACAGGAUUCACUCAGAUUUGUGAGGAAAGAAGUUCUUGAAGAGGAAACAAACUUGAAGGGAGUUCCAGCUGUGGAUUGCUCCAAGAUUCUGAUCUUCAAAAUCCCCGUCGUCUCCGCCGCGGAACCACCCUGGUUUCAAGUGUUUACACGCGGCAAAUCAGCUAUGGAGGAACAAAAGAGACGGACAUUGGAAGCUAUAGAGAGAAGGUUCGCACAAGCAAAAGCAGAGGUUCAGACCCAACAGCAGAGGAGCAAAAAGAGGCCCAUCAAGGAGAUGGAAAGAGUUGCUUCAAAUACCGAUUCUCCAUCUGCUGAUUCAAGAUUGAAAAAACCCGUGUCCGAUAAACUGAAAAAAACGGAUUCUGAUACACCGUCUAGAAAAGGUCAGAUUUCUUUUUUGGGUCAUACUACUAAGAAAGAUGUGGAUGUAAAUGAACCCGCGUAUUCGAAGAUUUCUCACCCCGUACACGAAAACUUGCUUCCAAAUGGUAUUGAGGUUUCUGAUGGGAAAGCCAUAGUUAAUCGAGUAUUGCACGAGCUUCUUCAGCAUGGUGAUGCUGCUCAGAAGUACAUGCAGGGGUCUAAAACCUUGAAAAUUGAGAAUACGAUACUUCUUGAUAAUUUUAUCCAAAAAAGCGGCAUGUCCAGUGGUCGAUCGCUACAGAAUGGGUCAAAACGCUCUAAAAAGCACAUGUCUCUAAAGCAACAUAAGAAGUGUGGAUCAUUUGAUUUGCCUAAAGAGUUCCAUAACUUUGAAAUCUUUAAGCCUAUGCAUGAGAAGUGGAAAGCCUAUAUAACACAGCUUCUGAAACUAGUUGGGAAAGAUCAGUUGGCACAGUUUGUUCAGUGUAAAAUAGCUGCCUAUUUUGGAAUACAUGGCAUUAUGAUACGAGAAACUAAAGAAACAUUAGGAAUCAUCACUCAAGAUAACAAAUUCCGAGUGGUGCCGAAAAAGGGUUCGGUAUUUGUGCUGCAAGCCGAUUGCUGGAAGAUAACUCUUCAAGGAGAUAAGAUUGCUUCUCGAAAUUUGGUUCCAUGAAUGUAAUGUAGUUUAUAUGUUGCCUUACAAAGUUUUCUUUACAUCUUGAUAUGUAGUUAUAUCUUCUCUCCACCGAUGUUUGUCGUCUUUGAUUUUUUCCUUUUAAUUAUUAUUAUUAU